AUGGUGAAUACUAGAUCAGAAGCCAACAGAGUGCCUCGGGAUGACCGGAAUGCCCGGGAGGAAGGAAACUCCAACGAUCCCCAACUCACUCGCUUGAAUGAAAGAAUGGAACAGAUGGCCAAGAGCAUUGAGGAUUUGGCCACUAUGAAUGCUAUUCUCCAAGCCCGGGUUCCAGAACUUCAUCGAACUGUCACUGACCCGUGGAACCGAGAGGAAGGCAGCCGGGUCGAAGGCUCUGGGGAGCCGAACAACCAAGAAGAAGUCCCAGGAAACCCUCCCCCUACUCAAACCGAGGCGACAAGGGAGGUACAAGGCAUGAUCGCCCGGUUGGAACAAAGAUGCAAUGUUCUGACCGCAGCUAUUCAACGGAACGAUAAGGGGAAAGCUUCCCUGGUGGAAAACCUUUUGCAGAAGACCACCUCUCCAUUCACGGAGGAGGUGGAAUAUAUCUGCCUUUCGGAGAAGUUCAAAGUCCCAGAGAUCCCAUUUUAUACGGGCCUUGAAGAUCCUGUGGAGCACCUAGAUAAUUUCAGAGCCCACAUGGACCUCCAUCGAACACUCGAGAUGGUGGCCUGCCGAGCAUUCCCUUUGACCCUCUCGGGCAAUGCCCGUGAUUGGUUCAGGAGCCUCCCGCUAAAUUCCAUUCGUCAUUUCGAGGACCUCAGUAGGAUGUUCCUGACGCAGUUCAUGGCCGGAAAGGUCAGAAGAAAGCCGUCCGGAUCCUUGAUGUCAUUGCACCAGGGACCCGAGGAAUAUCUCAGAGAUUUCUUCAUAAGGUUCAACCAGGCUAGACUUGAAGCCGAAGCAGCAACCAAUGAUUUCAUCUACGAAGCUCUCUUUCAGGGAAUCCGAAAAGAUGGAGCCCUAAUGGCUGAUAUAGCCAGGAAGCCCCCUUAG